AGAUGAUUUUCCUAGUUUUUCUCGGGAUAUCACUGCAUUCGCAUAUUCGCAGUUUUAAAGCUCUCGCAGCGCGGAAAACACUUCAUAACUUUUUAAUUUGAUAAUUUUGAAUUUUUCAAAAAUUCAAGCGCAGAAAAAAACGAAUAUUUUCAUAUCGUUAUUUGUUAUUAUUUAUUUUAUUGUUGUCAUUGUUGUUUUUUUUCAUUUUCGGUUGAUUAAAUUUUUUCUUCUUGCACGUUUAAAAAUUAAUAAAAAUAAAAAUAAAGAAUGUUGCUUUGUAAUUUAUUGGCUCGCGAACGCCAAACGUGUACGGGACAAAAAAGAACGCGAGUGUUAAAGAUCGUUCAGCAGUUAAAUUGAAAAGAACGAAGCAAACGACCCUAGGGCCGAGCCAAUUGAACGAAAACAAAACUGAAGAUAAACGCAAUUUGUAUUUGGUUUGGUUAAUCACGCUGCAUGUCGCGUCUUUUCGGUCUUCUUGGUUUUUGUUUUGUUCUCGGGUGAAUUUGUGUUAUUAUCAGUGCAUCCGGGGAUGCAGUACAUCGUAACGUGCAUUUUGGCAACACCCUUAUCGUAUUGACCCCCAAAUAGACAGCUUCGUGGAUGUUACCCUCUGCUCGAAGAAUAGAAUAGUGAUUUUUGGUUUAACUGUAUGUGGGGUGUACUCUUACCCUCAUAUGUCAUAUGUGUGUCGUCUUUGUUUUGUCAAGAUAGCGGGAACGGUACCAUUACCUUUACUCAUCGCUUUAAGUGCGCGUACUCUAUUUUUAUGUUGAAUUGAAAUAAAUUUUGUGUGAGAAUCCAGUGCAAGGUUAAAUAUCUCACAAAAUAACAACAAAAAGAAAGAAAAGAAACAAAAAGGAAGCAAAAUAAUACAAAAAAAAAAAAAGAAUUUGAAAAGUUUUAGCUUACAAUUUCGCAUUGUAUAUGAUGGAUUACUGAGCUAGAGCCACCCCGCCCGGCCCCCUGCCCAAACUAAAUAAACCUUAGCGCAAACACUCGGCUGCGAAAGAGGAGGAGGAUACAAACUAGAGCUGCAAGGGAUAGAAUGAGGGAUUUUACAACAUAAUGAGAGUGAGUUCCAAGGACUUAAAGUCGUUCACCUUGGGCUGGUGCCAAUUUCAGCAUCAUGACGGGACUUUCGUUGCUAUUGCCGCUACCGCUGUCGUUGUUGUUUUCACUGUCAUCUUCGUCGUCUAGGUUGUUGUCAUUGCAACCGCCGCCGCACACACCGGUGACAGUGAAUUUAAAUUACCCAUUGUCGUUGUCGUCGUCGUCGUCGGUGCUCAGCGCCACCUAUCAGUCACUAAUACCAAUACCAGGUAGAGAAGAACUUGAAGAAUCGUUGAGCAUAGCAUCAUUGUCACCAAAAACUACCAAAAGCUUAACCUGGAAGCGAUCAGUGGACGAUCGCACAAGCAGGCAGAUACGCAAAGCGUACAUCUGUCGGAUAUAAAUCAAUAUCUUGUCAUCAUCGUGUCCCCAACCGAGCACAAACAAAUUUAAACGUUUCAAACGCCUAAAAAUAAAUAGAUUGAGAUACUCAAGUGAAAAUCUUCCUGCCGAUCGAAAAAUACUACUACAUACACAACUACUACUAUUACUACCACGUAAAGAGCAAUAAAUACGAAUACAAAUACAAAGAAACGAUAUUCAAGACAAUCGCAGACUGUGUCCUUUGAGCAACAAUUUUGUUUAGUUUUUCUUCUUCUUUUUUGUUGUUGUUGAUUUAUUUUUUGUUUUUUUUUAUAAAUUUUUAUUUAGUUUUUUAGUUUUUUAAAUAAAUUUAGUUAUUUUUUGAUUUUUGAAAACAAAUGAGUCUGAACCAUAAUCAAACAUCAGCAACAGCAAUGUCGCCCUCCUUCAAUCGAUCGUCAAUAUACGGAUCGGUGGGUCCGCCACCGACCGCGCCCGGCGGCGGAGGCUCCUUGGCUGGGCACCUGGCAAGCACACUGGCACCCAGCAGCGCCGACCCCGCCGAUGGCUUGAAUGCAACACACGGCAGCGACAACGAAUGGAUCGAUAGCGUCAUGCUGACGUUUAAGGCAUCUUUGAUGUUAUUUAUAAUAAUUGCCGCUAUUUUUGGCAAUUUACUUGUAAUUAUUUCUGUGAUGCGAAAUAGAAAAUUAAGAAUCAUUACAAAUUAUUUUGUAGUCUCCUUAGCAAUGGCCGAUAUUAUGGUUGCAAUAAUGGCCAUGACAUUUAAUUUUAGUGUUCAAGUAACGGGAAGAUGGAACUUUAGCCCUUUCCUUUGCGAUUUAUGGAACAGUUUAGACGUGUACUUCUCCACCGCUAGUAUAUUACACUUGUGCUGCAUAUCCGUAGACAGAUAUUAUGCCAUUGUGAAACCACUUAAAUAUCCCAUAAGCAUGACAAAGCGGCUUGUCGCCAUUAUGAUACUUAAUACCUGGAUAUCGCCGGCGCUGUUAUCAUUUCUGCCCAUAUUUGCCGGCUGGUAUACCACGGAAAAGCAUCUACUCUAUGUCCAGACACACCCCGAAGAGUGCAAGUUCGUUGUGAACGACGUGUACGCCAUUGUGUCAAGCUCGAUAUCCUUCUGGAUUCCCUGCACCAUUAUGAUAUUCACAUAUGCCGCCAUCUUCCGGGAGGCCAAUCACCAGGAGAAACAAAUGCUAAUGCGACAAGGCAACGCCAUGUUGAUGCACCGGCAUUCGAAUAUUGGUGGUCCUGGUGGUGGAGGAACGAACGGAGAAGCUCUAAGUGGCUCCGGUUCAUCGAAAACCCUCACUUUGAACGAAGUCGACCAAGAUCACACUCCAACCAAGGACAAGCACUUAAUCAAAAUGAAACGAGAACACAAGGCUGCAAGAACUUUAGGUAUAAUCAUGGGCACUUUCAUCCUGUGCUGGCUUCCAUUCUUUAUAUGGUACCUUUUAACAUCACUGUGUCGUUCCUGUGAUUUCCCCGACACUUUUGUUGCCAUCGUCUUUUGGAUUGGAUACUUCAAUUCAACACUUAACCCCCUUAUCUAUGCAUACUUCAAUCGUGACUUCCGGGAGGCAUUCCGCAACACGCUCAAUUGCAUAUUCUGCUCAUGGUGGCGAAACCAGCGUCUUCCAUUGGACAUUGACAUCAGGCGAUCUAGCUUGCGCUAUGACAAUCGUGCUAAAAGUGUAUACUCCGAGAGUUAUCUCAAUUCAACGCACGCCCAAAGAAGAACCAGUCAACUAGUCGAGAGUUUAUAAUAAUGUUAAAUCUAAUUUUAAUCAUAUUUAUAUGUAUAAACAAAAAAUCAUCAAUUUAUAUUGUUGCAUUGUUUAUUUUUAAUUUUAUCAACAAAUUUGAACAAAAUAAAACCUAAAUUCAACACACUCAUAAAACAAAAUAUAAAUAUUUUAUUUUUGUAAAUUUUAAAUUGCCUAUGUUAAAUAUUGUAAUUAUUUUAUUAAUAUUUAUGUACAAAGUAUUGUUUUUUUUUUACUUUUAAAAAAGUGAAUGUAUACAUAAUAGUUUGAAAACUGUUUAUUUUUUAAAUAAAGUCUAAAACUUGAAAUUAAAAAAAAGAAGCAAAUAAAAAUAUAAAAUUCUUAAGCAAUAACAGCGAUUUAUAAGUAGUGUAAGUUCGUCUUUCAUACCUGUACAUACAUAUAUUUACCUGUUAACAUUUUAAAUAAAAAAUACAAAAUAAAACAUUGGACUAUGUAGGUCUAUAAACAUAAAGUUACUAUAAGCCAAAAUACCCAUACACAUUACAUCAAUGCAUAUAAAAGUUUGUUCGAUACAUAAAUAUUAAUGAAAGGAUCAAAAUAGGAUAAAACAUCAAAAUAUAUGCAUUUUUAGGGAAAAAUAAAAUUACAUUAAAAAUUGAAUGAAUGUUUGUUUAAUUUGUUUGUUUUUUUUUUGUCUUUUAAUUUUAAAUACCUUCAUUUUGUUUAUUGUUUAUUUAAGUGCCAAUGUGUAUGCAAUUGUUUUCAUACCAAAAAGAAAACAAUUUGAUUAGACAAUCCAAAGCAAAAAUAUAAUAUUGAAUAAGAAAAUAAAUAUAUAAACAUAAAAAUAACCCAAAAGCAAUAAAAUAUAACUCCAUCCGAUUAUGUGAGAUUUUGUAUAUUUAUAUAAGAAACAACAUUUGUUUUAUUUUUGUUUAUUCGAAAAUUGAUCGAAUAAAAUUAAAAAGUGCAUUUUUGAAAUAGUGAAAUCUGGCAGCGAAAGAAAACAUGAGACGACAACGGAUACAAGAGCUAAACGGUCCGUUGCAGUUCCUGGAAUUAAGUUGACUGGGUGGCCAUCUUGUGAGCUUUAUGUGUUUUCCAUAAGUCAGCAACUUGAUUCCAGCAAUGGCUUCGGAUCCAUUCAACGUCAUUCAUCCAAGAGUCGUCUCCUUCAAAUAGUGAAAAUGAAAAGUGAACAAUAAUACCUUAUAAUUUAUGUACGAGUAUAUUCACCACGAUCCCAAUGCUUCCAUUUUGGUUUUUCCUAUUUUUAUUUAAAAUU